GCCGCCCCGCCCCGCGCCCUGGAGCUGCGGGAUGCGCGGUCCCGCUGGCCCGCACCUGUCCCCCUGCCAGGAGCAGCAGAAAAGCGGGGAUUUUCGAAUCGGGCCGACUUAGGCCGCCCUGGCUUUGGUUCCAGUUCGCUGCGUGACCUUGGGGCGUGAACUGCAGCUGCAGAAGCAACAGGUGGACCUUUCAAGAUGCAUACAGGGCUGCAAGAAAUGAGGGGAGAGGCUGGAGAGACCAAUGAAGGGUCGAAGAAGCUUGUUUCCUGGAAGUCUCUGGAGAUGGAACCCAUUGAUUUAAUUGGGAGUUUAUGGCAGUGGUUCACAAUACCAGCCACUGAUCCCUACGGUUGGAAUCACUUGACUCAUGCUGAACAGUGAUUCUGAAAGAAAUAGGGGGAAAAAAAUCCUAAAAUUCAUGUGGAAUUUCAAAGGACCUUGAAUAGCCAAAAUGUUCUUGAGAAAGGAAAGCAAAGUGGGAGGUCUAACACAUCCUGAUUUCAAAAUAUAUUACAAAGCUACAGUGAGCAAAACAGUAUGGUACUGGCAUGAAGAUGAACAUAGACCUCUGGCACAGGAUAGAGAGCCCAGAAGUAAAUUCUUGCAUAUAUGGUUCAGUGAUUUCCAACAGGUGUGCCAAGGCUAUACAAUGGAGAAACGAUAGUCCCGUCAGCAAAUGAUGCAGGAGAAACUGGAUCUCCAUAUGUAAAAGAAUGAAGCUGGACUGUUAACUCAAUCAUAUGCAAAAAAUAAUUCAAAAUAGAUUAAAGACCUAAACAUAAAAGCUGAAACUAUAAAACUUCAAGAAGAAAACAUAAGGGAUAAAGCUUCAUGACGUUGGUUUGGUAAUGAUUUCUUGGAUAUGACAUGAAAAGCACAGGCAACAAAAGCAAAAGUAGACAAAUGGGACUACAUCAAACUUAAAAACUUCUGCACCUCAAAGGGAACAAUCAACAGAAUGAAAAGGUCACUGACGGAAUCGGAGGAAAUAUUUGCAGACUAUGUAACACUAUGUAUCUGAGAAGGAUUAACAUCUAUAAAGAAACCCUACAACACAACAACAAAUAGCCUGAUUGAAAAAUGAAUAAAAAACUUGAAUAGAAAAAAAAAAAACUUGAAUAGACAUUUCACCAGAGAAGCUAUGCAAAUAGCCAAGUAUAUGAAAAGAUGUGAGCAUCACUAAUCAUUAGGGAAAUGCAAAUCAAACCAAAUGAGAUAACACCUCAUACCUGGUAGAGUGGCCACCAUAAAUAAAUAAAUAAACAAACAAACAAACAAACAGAAAAUAACCGGUGUUGGUGAAGGUGUGGAGAAAUUCACAUCGGAAUGUAAAAUGGUGUAACUGCUAUGGAGAAUAUUAGUAAAGUUUCUCAGAAAAUAGAAACUAGAAUUACUGCAUGUCUAGCAAACAUACCUCAGGGUAAAUAUCCCAAAGCAACAAAAGCAUGGACUUGAAGAGAUAUUUGUAUCUAUGUUCAUGGCAGCAUUAUUCAAAAUAGGCAAAACAUGGAAGCAACCUAAAUAUUCUUCAACAGAUGAAUAAAGAAAGUAUUGUAUAUUCGUACAGUGGAAUGUUAUUCCGCCUUAAAAAGGAAGGAAAUCCUGUCACAUACAAUAAUAUGGAGGAACUUUGAGGACAUAUGGCAAGUGAAAUAAGCCAGUCACAAAAAGACAAAUACUGCAUGCUUCUACUUUUAUGAGGUUUAAUAGGAAAAGCUUGCUUUCUGCAGACAACUGAAAAAACUGCCUUUGGAAACUGUUUCUUUGGCCGGCAUGGAGCAGCUGGGACUUACACUGUGAGGCCCUUGACGGGACAAGCUCUCACCCACUGGUCAUCCAGAGUGAUUGUCACCAUGGCCAGCAAGAGGAAGUCCACCACCCCGUGCAUGAUCCCUGUGAAGACCGUCGUGCUGCAGGAACCCGGUGCGGAGGCCCAGCCCGCCGCAGCUCUGCCCGAAGGACCCCCGCAGGAGCUGCCCCCUGAAGUGCCGGCUACCAGCAGCGAGGUCGCCCAGACGGCCAGCAGUACCGACGGCGCCGCCCUGGCCAAUGGGCACCGGAGCACUUUGGAUGGCUACUCGUAUUCCUGCAGAUACUGUGAUUUCAGAUCCCAGGACAUAACCCAGUUUGUGGGACACAUGAACUCAGAGCACAUGGACUUUACUAAGGACCCAACUUUUGUCUGCACUGAAUGCAGUUUUCUGGCAAAAACUCCUGAGGGGCUUUCUCUACACAAUGCCAAGUGUCACUCGGGGGAAGCCAGCUUUGUGUGGAAUGUGGCCAAGCCAGACAAUCAUGUCAUCGUGGAGCAGAGUGUCCCUGAGAGCACCUGCACUCCUGACCUAUCGGGUGAGCCCAACACUGAAGGGACUGAUGGACAGGCUGAAAUCAUCAUUACCAAAACCCCAAUCAUGAAGAUAAUGAAAGGCAAAGCUGAAGCCAAAAAAAUUCAUACACUCAAGGAGAACCUCCCCAGUCAGCCUGUGGGUGACACGGCCUUACCAAACCCCUCAGCUGGGGAGAGUGAGGUGAAGGAGGGGGAUCACUCCUUUGUCAACGGGGCGGUCCCGGUUGCUCAGCCAGCCAGCAGCUCGGCAAAAGGGCCGCAUGUGGCCAAUGGUCCCCUGCUGGGAGCGGUGCCGGUUCUGCCGGCUGGUCUGGCACAGUUCCUGCCCCUGCAGCAGCCGCCCCCCGUGCACACCCAGCACCACGGCCACCAGCCGCUGCCCACUUCCAAGUCCCUGCCCAAGGUGAUGAUCCCACUGAGCAGCAUCCCCACCUACAAUGCGGCCAUGGAUUCCAACAGCUUUCUCAAGAAUUCCUUCCACAAGUUCCCCUACCCGACCAAAGCUGAGCUCUGCUACUUGACUGUUGUCACCAAGUACCCGGAAGAGCAGCUCAAGAUCUGGUUCACAGCCCAGAGGCUGAAGCAGGGCAUCAGCUGGUCCCCCGAGGAGAUCGAGGACGCCCGGAAAAAGAUGUUCAAUACGGUCAUUCAGUCCGUACCCCAGCCCACAAUCACUGUCCUCAACACGCCCCUGGUGGCCAGUGCCGGCGGCGUGCAGCACCUCAUCCAGGCCGCCCUCCCGGGCCACGUGGUGGGGCAGCCCGAGGGCGCAGCGGGUGGCCUGCUGGUCACACAGCCACUGAUGGCCAAUGGGCUGCAGGCGCCCAGCUCGGCCCUGCCGCCGGCGGUCACGUCGGUCCCCAAGCAGCCCACCGUGGCGCCCAUUAACACUGUGUGCUCCAACACCACGUCGGCCGUGAAGGUGGUCAACGCAGCCCAGUCGCUGCUCACGGCGUGCCCCAGCAUCACCUCCCAAGCCUUCCUGGACGCCAGCAUCUACAAGAACAAGAAGUCUCACGAACAGCUGUCCGCCCUGAAAGGAAGCUUCUGUCGGAACCAGUUCCCGGGGCAGAGCGAGGUGGAGCAUCUGACCAGAGUGACGGGCCUCAGCACCCGGGAGGUGCGCAAGUGGUUCAGCGACCGCCGGUACCACUGCCGGAACCUCAAGGGCUCCAGGACCAUGCUGCCCGGUGACCCCGGCGCCAUCAUCAUCGACCCCGGGCCCGAGGCGCCCUUCUCCCCGGCGGCAGCCAAGGCCCCCGAGGUGCCCUGCGGCCCGCCCGCGUCCACCCUGGCUUCCCCCCCUUCCGCCAGACGCCAGGCCUGGCACCAGACCCCCGACUUCACGCCAACCAAGUACAAGGAGCGAGCCCCCGAGCAGCUCAGAGCCCUGGAGAGCAGUUUUGCGCAGAACCCUCUUCCUCCCGACGACGAGCUGGACCGCCUGAGGACGGAAACCAAGAUGACCCGGAGGGAGAUCGACAGCUGGUUCUCAGAGAGGCGGAAGAGAGUGGGUGCCGAGGACACCAGGAGGGCUGAUGGGGGCGCUGCUCUGGAGGAGGAGGAGGUGGUGGCUGUGGCUGCGGAGGACGAGGCGGGGGACGAGGAGCUGGUGGGGGACCUCAGGGUCCCCGGCGAAGAUGGCUCCCCGGAAGCGCUCGGCGGCCACAUGCUGGCGGAGCGCAAGGUCAGCCCCAUCAAGAUCAACCUCAAGAACCUGCGGGUCACCGAGGCCAACGGCAGGAGCGAGCUCCCGGGGCCGGGCGCCUGCGAGCCCGAGGAGGAAGGGCCCGGCAAGCCGGCCGAGCAGCCCCCUGGCAAGGCGAGCUGCAAAAAGACCGCCCAGCAGCGGCACCUGCUGCGCCAGCUAUUCGUGCAGACGCGAUGGCCCAGCACCCAGGACUACGACGCCAUCAUGGCCCAGACUGGCCUGCCGCGGCCUGAGGUGGUGCGCUGGUUUGGGGACAGUAGGUACGCCCUGAAGAACGGCCAGCUCAAGUGGUACGAAGACUAUAAGCGGGGCAACUUCCCCCCAGGCCUGCUGGUCGUCACCCCGGGCAACCGGGAGCUGCUGCAGGGCUAUUACCUGUCGCACAAGACGCUGUGCGACGAGGACCUGCAGAGCCUCUGCGACAAGACCCAGAUGAGCUCCCAGCAGGUGAAGCAGUGGUUUGCGGAGAAAAUGGGCGAGGAGACCCGGGCUGUGGCGGACACAGGCGGUGAGGACCAGGGCGCCGGCGAGCCCGCGGCUGGGCACAAAGGGACGGGGGACGCGUAUUCGGAGGUGUCGGAGAACAGUGAGUCGUGGGAGCCCGGCGCCCCUGAGGUCGGCUCGGAGCCCUUUGAUGCCCCGAGUCCCCAGGCUGGACUUCAGCUGGAAACAGACUGAAUUUGAACUGAUUACUCUGAAGGACUGGCCAGUCCGGGACGCCGCCUGCCAUGUGGAAGGGUUCAACCUGACUCUCCGCUGCUGCCACGUGCUGUCCCCAUGCCCAUCGCUGGGCAUGCGUGAGAGCUUCUGGAGGCCUCGCCACCAGCCCAGAGCGCGCCGCCACCUCCGGCCUGCCGCCACCGAGCAAGCCAGCGGGGAGAGUAGAGUUCUUGUCAGUUCUUCCUCCCACGAUGUAGGGCCUUUCCUUUGCCUUCCAGUGGAUAAAAUAGUUCAGAUUUCAUAUUCAUAGACACGGAAUCAAGUUUUUAACAUAUAAAUCCGCCUAUACACAUUUAAUAAAACAUCAGAUUAUAAACACUUUCAUUACAUAGAAACUUUGGUUAGCAAGCAGUACAUUGUCUUUUACAUCAUCUCUGAAAACGCCCUGUGUCUGUUCUCUGGAGAUCCCUGGGCCGCGUGUCCCCUGCACAGUGGGCAGGGCGCACCAGUCUGAAGCCCCAGCCGUCCCUGUGCACCCCUCAAGGGAAGGCAGUACCUUUGCAGAGGCCUCCACCCCGGCGGCCAGCACCGGGCCACCUGCUCGCCUUGCCCCGUGGGCGGAUCAGCGGGGACCGCCCUCACCUGUGAGCUGAAAACCCACUGCUCACCAGGUAGCCUUUGCUCACCGCCCUCGUACGUGGUUCCAGCUGUUCUGCUUGUUUGUGGGAGUUUGAAUCAUGGACCAGAACUUUUCAGUUAUCAGAUCAACUUAAAGAAGCAUUUGUUGUUAAACCUGAUGUACUGACCUAUGUGCCCAUGUUCUUGUUUCUCUUUCAAUCUAGAUGUGUUGAGAGUGAGAGGAAAAUUGGAAAAAGAAACAGGCAGGGCUGAAAGUAGAGGUGCAUGGACCCAGCAUGUGGCUCUGGCCGCUGUGGUUUUUUGGAGCCCUUGACCCGCACUCACUUCAAGGCUGCCUGUGUCUGGGAAGGAAGACCCGCACUCGGCUGGGAGUAGGAGUGAGCGCUGCUGGGAUCUGGGGACUUGGGGCGGUGCUGCGUACAGAGACCAACACGUUGGGGUUCCUGGCAGCACACCUGGAGGACUCGGGGCCCCCCGCUGAGGGCCUGCCUGGGUGCUGGAUAUCACUAGACAGGCCUUGCUGAGGAUGUUAAGUUCUGCACUAUGUCCCCAGAUUUGGAAACAAGAUCGUCUACUUAAGCCUAAUCCUCAUAUUCAUUUUUUUUUUAAUUGAGAAAAAUCACAGGAAAAGGUGCUUUUGAAACACUGGGAAACUGGCUUACAAAGCUGUACUACAUGGUAAAUUCCCAUUUCCCCCAAACUGGCUGCUCUGAUUGCGGCAAGUGAAGACGGGGCAGCAGAAGUCAUGUCCCCCGCAGCUCCGCUCACUUCCCGGAGACCACCUGCCUCCCAAAGCACCGAGGCCUUGUAAGCCUGCUCCUCCCGGUCAGGGCAGGGUGGGCGGCACCAGGGGCCCCCGAGAGAGGGCAGGGGCUUGGGCACAACAGCCCAUGGGGGGUGGCACUGUCCUCCUCGCCCGCCCGGGAGCUGGACCAGGGGACGCAUCUUGCUGGCUUGGCUCCAAGGGGAAGAUGGAGGUGGCCCUUCUGCCUUCCAGGAGAGGGCUUUCCCUGGAAACCAAAAGCCCUUGAGCCCCCGUUCUUCUAAAGUGUCUUCUGCUCUCCUGGGCCCAGCAGGGACCACCUCGUAGUUGUUUCAAAUGUGACAUGUGAGCACUUGGCAAGUCUGUGCCCCUUGUUUGUGUCCUUUCCAUCGGAGCAUGAAGCUCUUUAGCCCCAAAGACGUCUCGGCAGAAUUGGCGAGCGAUUGCCUUCCUUCAGAGAACAGACACCUGGAGCUUUUCCUUUAGCGUUUAUGUACGUGCAGAUUAAUUUAUAUAUACACAUAGAUACAGGACAGAUACUCAUCUGAUAUUUUCUGAUAAAGUGCACAUCUGAGGUGGCUGUUGGGGAAGGUAGCCUGUGUUGGAGGGAAGGCCGGUCCCCUGGGAGCAGCUGAGGCCGCCCGGCCGGAAACCGUCUGAGUGCCUGAGACCCCAUCCUGCCGCCUCACUCCCAGAGCCCCGCAUGCACUGCACAAGGGGCUUUACAGAGGAUUUUCUUGGUUAUUUAAGUUAUACUCCUAUAUCAUUUACAACCCAAACAGCAAAAGAAAAACUAAAUUACAUGGUGGACAAGUUCGUGCAGGACGUAGCAACCCGGCUUCGGCACCAGCCCGGCUUUAGAAGGUGGAGAGGCUACAGGCCUGCCCGCCUGGGUGGGUUUUCCUCAGAGGUUAGCCCUGCCCAGUGGCCAGGGCCAUCCCACAAUGGCAGGACUGCCCAGGUAAGGAGCCCCGCAGACGAGACCAUCCUUCCUCCUCACUGCGCUCUGGACCAGGGCAGACGGUGGGGUUGGAGCCCUAUACUUGCAAGAAUCAGAAGAAUCAGACGAUCAGAGGUGAUGGCAAGAGGGCCGGCAGGGUCGGUGAGCAGGUGCCCAGGGCUCUGGGUGCUUGGGGAGCACAGCCAACCUGGUACACGGACCCACACAGGUCCGGAGUUUGGGGGUGUGGGACCGCAGCAGCAGGCCCUCACUGUGGUUUUGCAUGCUGUCGAAGGGUGUCUGUGAUUGCGCCUCAGGCAGACGGCGGUCUGUGGGCUGAAGAGUUGAGAGGUGGGGUUAGUCUCUCCUGAAGAAAAGCCUGUUGUAUGAGGUGACUCAUCUUUCCCCUCUUUGUAUGCACGUGGACUCGUCAGAGAUAGUAAAAUAUUUCAGUGUUUCUUGUCACCUAUGUCUGGCACAUGUUUGGUUUCUUAUAUUUUUUACAUGGGGUUGUAGAUUCUGUUGUAAUAGGUGAAACCCGAUCACCAUUCUGAUAAAGGAAGUCUGGGUUUAUGAUACACACAUACUUUACAUUUUUGAUUACUUAUUUUAAUUCUUGACUAUUAAAGGAGGGUUUUGAUUUGAGAGGAGGGUUCUCAUUUUCAGGAGCCUCCGGUUCCUGAAAUAGAGGGCCUGGUUGGAUGGCCUGUUGGCAUUUGGGGUUUGGUAGCGCUGUGUGACCUGGGGCUCCUGGCUUGGCCGAGUGACUGGCGGCUGUCCCGGGGGACCAAAGCGCCUUGACCCGAGGCCCUGCUCCCUGUUCCCCAGAAGCACGGCUGUGGGAGCCGGGCAGAGCUGGUGGAGCUUGUGGGCUCCCAGUGCAUGGAUGGCGGCAUCCCAGCUGGCCGUGGGAGGCUGUCCCACCAGGAAGUCUCCGCAUGGUUUCCAGGCUGAGAUGUGGCUCUUCAACCUCAGUCAGUGGCCCAGUGAUAGGUCUCGUGUCACCUCCUUUUCCCCUCUGGCUCUGGGACAUCUGUGCCAGGCUGAUUCCAGGGAGGGUGGGUGCUGGCCUUUCCCUGCACAUCCUCACGCAGCUCCCGCCUGUGCUGCCUGGUCUCCGGCCCUGUCGCCUCUGUCUUCCUCUUCUCUUCUCAGAGCAGCUUUGUCACUUUAACCGUUACAGCCCCAGGUGAUCCAGGCAUUUUGUGAGGGCAGAGAACCGGCCAAGAAGAAAGCCUGAAACCAAGUCAAACCUGGAAUUUGGGCUUUUUCUCAUCUCCCCUUUUUUCCUUGCUCAGAGUUGAUCUGGGGCAGGUUAUUGGUUUGGCCCACCUUUUGUAUUAAGUUUAAAUUCUCCUUUAGUCCCUCGAUGUGCAGGGGAAGAAAUGCUGGAGAAGAAAGAUCCCAUAGGUGCGCGAGGAUCCACGUGACUGAGUUCCGGGCCAGAGCCAGCGGCUGCCUGAGCCAGGAGGCUAACCGGCCGGGCUCUGCGCCCUCCCAUCUGGAGCCCCGUCUCCACGUCUCCUGACUCUGCUUCCUUUGCGCCCUUUCCUGAGGAGCACAGGCUCGCCCGGCCUUCCUGCCCAGACCUUGGGGGCCAAGUGGGUGUGGCUGGGGGAGCACCUGCCCUGGAGAAAGCAGGGUGGGGGAGCCCGAGCCGCCCCCUCAUCGUCCUCUCCCCCAGCCGGACUGUGGUCUGAGGCCAUCAUGAUGUUUCUCUGGCCAUUUGUCACAGCCAAGCUGUGCGACACCAGGGCUGAGGAGGCUGGAGGCAGCUUCUUGUCAAAGUGGGGUUUGUGCUUGGGCCAAGUGACCGCGGAAGUGACGACUGUGGGUGCUUCUCGCUGCCUACCCAGCCCCGCUCCACUUCCAGACGGAAUGGAGAGGCCUCGGUUAGCGUUUGUUUCUGCCCGAGUCUGCGGUGCUCCUGGCACAGGGUUGUCCUGGAAAGGGGUUUCUGGAAGUGACCCAGCAGGUGUGCGCGGGAGUGAGGCCAGGGGUCAGGGUAUUUUGGCCCUCGGGGGGAUCAAGAGCCUGCUUUUCUGUCGUCCUGAGCACACGUCGAGACGGGCCGCUGACCUCCUCUCCUCUGCACGGGGUCCUGGUCCUUCCCCACACUGGAGAGCUGACAGCCGGCCCCAGCGGGCAGCAAGCCUUCUCCGCCAGAGUCCAGAGCAGGGGUGGAAACCAGCGUCUGGCCUGGGCCAGCAGGCCUGGGUCACCACAUGGACGAGGGUAGCAGCAAGCACCCGCUGCCUUGAUUUUUAAAAAUCCUAUCUUUUGGUUCGCAGGCCUGCCAGGAUCCACAAAGAACCUCCUGCUUGGCUGUCACCGGCCCAAGGCUUCCGCGGCCCCCACAACCUGGCCCUGGUGGCUGCUCGGUUCGGAGCCAGAGGGAGGGUGCGCACAGCCGGCAGGACUGUUCCAGGGGCACGAGCUGGCCUUGUCUGUCGGGGGUCUUCCUGCUGCCCACCGGGGGCAGGUGAUGAGCGUCUGAGUGUUGACUUGCUGUAGGUGCCUCUCCCCCGGAGCCCGGCUCUGCCGCGUGCUCACAUGUACACCCGAGCACUCAAGCAUUAGGGGCUUUUCUUGGCUGAUGCUCUAGGCCUGCCCUUCCUCUCCAAGACAAGUGGGUGACUUAGAAGGGUUUGAGGUGUUCGGCUGGAGCCGAAGGUGGAUUGUCCAGGGUAGAGGCUGUUCAGAGUCUGAAUGGAGAAAGCUGCACACGCAGGAUCUCUCCCAAGGCCCAAACCCCAGAGGAAAUGCGCUGGCAGAGGGUGAGACUCUGCUCCCUGGGUGGCUGGUCUGUGAUUUGCCUUUACUUUUUUUUAAAUUUUUAUUUAUUUAUGAUAGUCACAAACAGGGAGAGAGAGAGAGAAGUAGACACAGGCAGAGGGAGAAGCAGGCUCCAUGCACCGGGAGCCCGACGUGGGAUUCGAUCCCGGGUCUCCAGGAUCGCGCCCUGGGCCAAAGACAGGCGCCAAACCGCUGCGCCACCCAGGGAUCCCUGUGAUUUGCCUUUAAAGAGAGAGGUUGUCACCCAUCCCUGGUCCCUGCCCGUCCAGCAGUCUCCUGGCAGUUUGCUUGAAAUGCUGGUGGGCCGGGAGCGCCAGGCUGCCAGGAACUGGCUGGAGGGGGAGCCCGGCUGCCUUCAGCAGGACCCUGCAUGGUCAGCGGGCGCUCUGUGUGACCAGUGAGAAGGGGUGCCGCCCCGUCCCCCGUGUAUGGGGGUUCCUGUGGUGCCUCUGGGCAGCCUUGUCGUUCAGCUGUGUCGGGGGGACCCGACUGGGCCAGGGUGGUUACUACAGAGGAAACACGCCAAGCGUCCUCUCCCCCCUGCCGGCUGUUGCUCACUGAAAGUUUACUGAGCAGUCCUGGCGAAGUCGGGGAGGCUUCCCCAGCUGCGGGGUCCUUCCCGGCGGCCCCGACUCCUGGUUCUACCCCUCCCACCCCCCCCCCGCACCUUCUGGUCUUCGAUGCCACAGGAGGGCUGGCAAUGGCUGUGAGUGGUUUGCCUUGGUGCGCCUCCUGUCUCCCAGAGGCGGCACAAAGACAUGAUCAUCAUGGUGCUAAGGAAGAGGCCACUGGCCCUGCUUGUCCAGAGGCAAAUGGGAACUUGACCGAACUAUCCAAGAAGCCCCCGGCCCCGGCCGCCAGGUGUGAGACCAAACUGAGGGGCAUACUCGGGGUCUGGCCUGGGUGGCGUGGGAGAUUUUUACCCCCGGGGGGGUGGGUGGGGGGACGUGUCUCUUUUAGAACGAUGUAACUUGCCUUUGGACCGCGGCUGUGCCGAGGCGGAGCAGUGGGCUGCCCUCUCCGGGCUGCGUCUCCAGGCCUCAUGAGGUCCCCUGUGGGGAUGCUGCUAUUUCUAAGAUGCAAAUUGCACAUUUCCUAGAUUUUGUAUCUGUGGAUUUGGAUGAGGGAGCAGAGCCAAAUUGCUUAUACAAUUUGGUAUGGGCCGAAAUGGUACUUCAAAUCUUUUGAUUGUUCCUAAAUAAAAACCUAAAUUUCACAUUUCACAUCUGCUGAGUUUCUUUUGUGGGGGAGCCUGAGAAACUAAAAACACCUGACAUCUGAUUUAUUCAGUGGGCAAGCCCGACCUUAAACUCAGCCCAUUUCAGGAAAGCUGCACUCACCGCCUCCCACGCUGCUGUGUCCGUGGCACUGGCUUCCACGUGCUGAACUGUGACGUUCUUAGAAAUUACGCUACCUAGACAAAGGCAGAGGAGUCAGACGGGCAGUCGUCAGGCGUCUGGUGAAAGGACGCUGGCAAGUCCUUCUUUCCUGUCUUUUCCCCAGAGAAGAGCCCUGUGUGCUCAGGAGGGGCCUUGGAGGAAUGCUAAAAGCCCCAUUUCUAAGAUUCAGAGCACCUAACCUUGGGUGGUCGAGGGCCUUGGGGUGGUCCGCCGGGGCAGAGACAUACCACGGUAGGCCAGCGGCUCUUGCCCCUGGUGGACCCCAGGGCCUGUCCCUGACUGUCCCCUCCUGAAGGCCGGCUUAGGCCUUGGGAAAGCAGCUUUGUGUCACAUGUAAGGCAAGUGCUUGGGAGCUAGCCCCACCUGGUGCGGGACCCUGAAGCCAAUCAGCCAGGCCCCCAGGGUGGGUGCAGACUCAGGCAGUGGCUUCCAGGCCACACUGAUGGAGAGUUGGUAGCAGAAGCCCACGGGGUGUUGCCAGGAGCUUCCGUGGGGCUGCUGCAUGGUCCACAGGCAGGAAACAAGCCCUGCCUGACCCCUGAUCCCAAGUACCCAGGGAUAGGGGACCCCAGGGAUAGGAUAGUCCCCAGGGAUAGUCCCCCGAGUGGGGGGGGGGACUAUAGAGGCCCCAGUGAGGGGUGGCAGCCUGACGCAGGGCUGGACCCCUUGAGGGAAGGCAGGACCUUACUUUGUUCUAAUUUGGUGGGAUAGGCUGCCGCUGUUUGGUCUCUCCCUUCCAAAGAACAGCCAUGGUGGGAGGAUAGGGGCUCAAAUCAAACGACGGUGGAGUUCCUAACCAGCCCCAGCCUUCAGGUGUUGUUCAGGAUGUGGUCAGGAGGGGGGCCUUGUGUUCUCUGCUCAGGGCUACAGAUCCUUGUUAAGGGCACUGUCCUCACCUGGGGUCCGAAACCACUCCUGCCUGCUCGUUACAGGGCAGCCUUUUGAGAGGUGUUCUUGGCCUGCCUGCUCUUUGCAGAAGCUCUAGAAAGCCCGAUCUUGCAGGUAGUGCUGUGUGCACGUGUCCACUGGAUGAGAAGUCCAGGCCUGCCCCUUGGAACGCAGCCUGCUUGUCCCCGGUCUGCCAGCCAGCCAGCCGGGGGUAGUUCCUAUCGGAGACAACAGGGGACUCUGCCCAAACCGGGGUCUCAUUCGGUUCAUCUGAGCAGCUUUUGAAAAAUACCUGCAGGGCUCUGGGUACUGGUGUUUUUCAGGAGCUUCCCAGGUGAUGCCUGACCCAGUGGGUGGGAGGCAGUGCCACCUCAAGCUGCCUCCCCACCUGCUUGUGGGGCCUCACGCAGCAAUCGAUGAGGUCAGGGCUGGCUGGAGGAAGCGGGGUGAAUGUGAUCAGUAUAUCUGCAUAACUGGGGGUUGUCAUGUUUGCCGCUAGGAGGAAGGAUCAGGGCACUGGCAUCGAAGAAAGGCAAGGGCAGUGUCCCAGGGGAGCUGGGGGGGGGUGGCAGGCAGGAGACAGGCAUGCUUCAGGUCUGAAGCCACCACAGGGGCAGCAAGAGCUUUCCUCCCAAUGUCAUUCUCCAGAAAGACACCUGUUCAGUAAGUGAACAUAUGUCCUGAUUAAAAUAAAGGUGAUCAACACCAGUAAGCCAAGCAUGUCCUGUGAUGACAGGCGGCCCCUAACUAAAGGGCUGGCACAGAACCGCUUCCUUCACAGGAAAGCGCUCCCCUGGCCACAAGAAUCUGAAGUGAGAAAACUUGGUCCAGGGAAGUCCAGGUUAACUCCCCCCACCCACCUUGUCUGUGGGAAAAGGACCAUCCUUCUGAGUAGGUCAGAGGAGCUCAAGGAAGAAAGCCAAGGGGCCAGCAAGAGCCUGAGCAGUAGGCGCUCCGAUGCUGGCAAGCCAGUGCAGUGGAGGAGCAGGAAUGCUCCCAACUGAUCCAGUUCUCCGGGGUGGGGGUGCUCAGAGGGGCCUACGGUAUCUGUAACCUGGGAAGUGUUAGGUCUUUAUGGUCUGACUUGUCAAACAAGAAAGGGAUGAUUGGAACCUAGAACUCCUAAUCACCAUUGGACUGGACUUAAAAAAUCUUGGUCUCUCCAUGCUUCGUUUGGUAUAUGCAUUAUCACACCAGGGGUGUAGUAAUUACUAUUUUAAGAACCAACUGAUUAUAUGUGUCUGCAUCUUUUCAGUGACCAAUCUUUUCAGGCUCCCCGGGCUGGCUUCUUCUGCCUGCCCCACCCACCCACCAGGCGGGCAGCUGUGUGCACGCAUUUCUGAUCCACGCCAGCACAGAGCCAGGGGACGGUAAGGGCAGGGCCUUUUCAAUCAGGUCUGGGCACAGAGAUUUGGUUGCAAGCUCUUGAGGAUUUUCAACCUACUUCUGGAAGCUGUAGGUUUUUUUGGAAGGAGAGGUGUCUAUGGAACUGGGAAGGGACUCUCUCUGGUUGCUUCCUGUUCACCUCCAGAACUGACAGGACACAGGAACUCGGGCUUGCACGCAGGGAGGCCAGUGGCUACACUCUACCCCCACAGGCCCUCUGCAGAGGAGUCAGAGUCAGAGCAGAGCAUGGCCUCACCGCACCUCAGAGCCCAGAGGGGAGGAUCUGCUUGACCUGGAAGUUGCCAAAAACCUCCCAACCUGCCUGCUCUGCAGAAUAACCACCUAGCAACUUGUCCAGAGUCACCAAGUCUCCAGACAACCUGCUCUCCCGAGCCGCCCUCCCCACCAUGAGGGCACCCAAAGGGAUGGGGGCUGGCUUAUUUGGCAGUCAGACCCUAAGAAGCUGGCAUGAAUGGCCGAGCACUGGCCGUGCUGUGGGACACCAUUGUGCCCAUGGGCCUGGCCCCCCUGUCCUCCAGUGGGGCUGCCUUCCCACACCUUCCCCCAGCUAGACAGCUAGAAGUGGCUGGCUGCA